AGCAACCGGAGACCGCUACAUUUAUAACCCCAACCGUCGCGGGCGCCCCGAACCGACCUGAGAGAUCAGAGCGGGCCUGGGGCCUGCCGCCCGCCCGCCCGCCCGCCAUGCCGCUUCCACAGCCCGGGCCGCACCCGCUCUCCUUCCUUCCCUGAGUGCCCCAAACCAAAGGAUUUCCCUAAGGCCUGAGAGGGGACGGGAAAACCGCCCGGCUCGGGGCCUGGCCCCGCUCGGCCUACGCCGCCGGCGUCACUUCCUCCGCUCGUCUCCUAGCAACCACGGCCCGCGUGGGUCAACUUUGACGGUGGAAGCUUUGGAACUGGACUGAUCUUCCAGCCCAGCCGCUAGCGAUGGCAGAGGUUGAAGAAACUCUGAAAAGGAUUCAGAACCAUAAAGGGGUUAUUGGAACAAUGGUUGUUAAUGCUGAAGGUAUCCCCAUCAGAACAACCUUAGAUAACUCUACAACAGUUCAGUAUGCAGGUCUUCUUCAUCAGCUGACUAUGAAAGCCAAGAGUACAGUGCGAGAUAUAGAUCCUCAGAAUGACCUAACUUUUCUUAGAAUCAGAUCAAAGAAACAUGAAGUCAUGGUAGCCCCAGAUAAGGAAUAUCUUCUGAUUGUCAUUCAGAAUCCAACUGAAUAAACCUGCAAUAACAAAUUUGACAAUAAUGAACCUAAACUGCUUUUAACAAAUUCCUUCUUUUUGCUAAAAUUGUAUUCCUUCCUUAAGGAUAUUUUAAUAUACUUAGCUGCUUUUAUAUUGAAUCUAUUUCUAUUAUUCCAUUUAUUUUCUUUUGAUUAUAUUUUAAAAGUGUUUAUUACCAAUAUAAUGCAUUUAUCAAAUUUCUGGUGUGUCCUUUCAUAGAUGUAGUGUAAUAAAAUUAAUAUGUAGAAUA